AUGGCGGAAAGUCUCAGCUCAUUUAAGGUGAACACCCCGCCAGACUACCGACAUGUUCCUCAUAACUUCUGCAUUACCAGAGAAGCCCCGGCAGAUACCCACCCCCUGACAGAGAGCAAACUGAGAAUUACCGUCAAGUUCCCCCAAACGACAACACUUAUGUCAGAAGCGAAGAAAAGAUCCUCGAGCCAAGCGGGGCUCAGCGAUGAGGAUUACGAGGACAGCGACGUCACUGUCCACUCCGACAGCGACAGCCACUCUGACCAGGACAGCGAUGACCAGCACGAUGAAGUCGAGACUCGCCUGGUCAACGCCCUGCGCGAGGUCAGCGGCAAUCGCCAGAAGACGGUCCUCCUGACGCCGCCGCCCGAAGUCGAUGAUGCAGGCAUCAUUGACAGACGACCGGGCCGGGAGGAGGACCGUGAUUCCGCGGUCGACGCGGAUGAUGAGCGGGAGCCCUCGUCAUUAUCCGAAAAUGGCGACGCGAGCGACGAUGACAAGGAGAAUCGGCCGCCGGUGGAGGCGGAUGAGGAGCACGAGGAGCCCCAAGAGGGUGAGGAUGAAGGCGAGGAUGCCGUGAACAGAGAGAGACCCUAUGCGGGCGAGGAUAGCGGACCACAAUACCCCCAGAAAAGAAAGAUCAAAAGACGCAGGAAGUAUGAAGCAGAGGCCGAUCAUUCUGAGGCGAUCCGCCAGAAGUAUAUCGAGAUGCGGAAAACCCGCACCCCUAUUGCUUGUGACCGUUGCAAGAACCUGAGGAAAGAGUGCACAAUCCAUGAGGAAGGCUGCCUCCAAUGUCAGACCAUCAAGGCACCGUGUAUGCACACCGACCCGAUCACUUUGAUUACCGAGCGACGGGGGGCAUCCAAGAGAAAGGACGAAAAGAUGCAACAUAUGAAAGCUUGCAUCAUCAAGCUGCAGAGACAGGUCCAGGCUCAGAUGUACCCAUACGGUCCCCCUCUGGGUCAGUAUGCCUUUCCACAGCAUAGGUCGGAUUCUCCCAAUCCUCGUUCUCUCAGUCCGCAUGGCAAUUCGGCACGAUGGGGUCACGCCAGUAGCGGCAGCAGCGCAGAGAAGGGCGCGGCAUAUGCCAACAGGAACGGCCUUGCAGCCUCAAACAGUCACAACAACAUCGCCUCGUCGAGAAAACCUGCAAAGCGGAAUGGCGGUCACGCUUCAGUCACCAAAUCUCGGCCACUUGGCAGUGAUAGCUCGGGCAGCUCUGGGGGCACCUCCGGGUACCUGGCCGAGCUGGACAAGAACAUAGGUCCCGGUGGACGGGCCAAAAUCAACAGUACCAUGGAGAAAUUCCUCGAGCGCGACCCGGAUUACCAAAAGAAGGCUUACCUCCAUCCGAGUUCUCCUCGACCGCGCCAGAUGUCAGGUCCCGGCUACGCUCCUCAUUACCAGGAGUACCACGAGUUCAACAACAACGCACACUAUCCGACGCCACCCCUCCGACCGAUGAGCACCCCUUCGCACCGCAUGUAUGACCUUCCUUAUAUGGGUGACCCACGGUAUGGCCACCCUCAACCGGGUUAUGUCAACCAUGCCCCCCGCUACCCUACGCCGCCGCCGCCGCACUUUCGCCCGUACCCUGAACGCGUCAACCCGGAGUAUGAGCAUGUGGACCCUCGUCAUCAAUACGAUGGCGGCCUGCGUUCGACUCCGGAUGCGGACAAUGAUCCCUAUUACGGCUUACCUGACGCCGGGCCGAGCUCUUUCAAUGAAGAGGAGUUAAUACAGGCCUACCGGGCUUUUUAUCCCGAGGGUGAGUCUACUUCUGCGGGGGCGGCUGAGCAAGCCCGAGCAAGCCGAACUCGGCCCAAGUUUAUACCUCGGGGGAUGCCGCCGGGGAACCCGCCUCCCAGGCCUAGAAAGAAGUAA